CCGCUCCUCGGCGCUGUAGAGAAAGACCACACGGGCUGUGUGUCCACAUUCUGCGGCUUUUUCGCUUCAGUCUCCUCUUCGGAAAGGAAGGAAGAGAAAACCGAGUCUUCACCCACAGGAGGCGGAGAUCACGGCGCUUUCAACUCCGCGGGACCAGGCGUCUGCUGCAAUGUUAACACGGAGCUGAAACUACACAUCUGCUGCCUUCGAUACAUGACAGCAUACACCAGCCAUGGAGCUCCACAAAUUCGUGACCUUGUGGAUAUUCUGUCUGUGUCUUUUUGGGGAAAGUUUGACCGAAAAGCCAAGUUCACCCACACCGGAUAGUCAGACUGCUGACAAUGGGAUCCCAGAUUUUUGUCGCAUCGAUGACGCACUAUGCCAGGAUGAGAACUCCAUUCUCAACUUCGAGGCCAUCCGCAGCAUCCAUAAGCGCAUGGAUGAUGACGCAAACGGCAACGUGGACGUAUUGGAGACAGAUGGCUUCCUGAGAGAAGAUCUGAACUACCAUGACCCUAAGGCCAAGCAUAACACCUUCCACGGGGAUGACCAGUUCAUCAGUGUGGAGGACUUGUGGAACGCCUGGAGGGGCUCUGAAGUCUAUAAUUGGACAGUGGAUGAAAUGGUGGAGUGGCUCAUCACUUAUGUGGAACUGCCUCAGUAUGAAGAUGCAUUUCGCAAGAUGAAUUUCAGUGGAAGUGCCAUGCCCCGGUUGGCUGUGAAGAACACCACUCUGACACUCUCUAUCCUCAAGAUUUUGGAUCGCAGCCACGUUCAGAAGUUGCAGCUCAAAUCUUUGGACACAGUGCUGUUCGGACCCCCCCUGAUGAAUAGACAUAACCACUUGAAGGACUUCAUGCUGGUGGUGUCGAUAGUCAUUGGCAUGGGCGGCUGCUGGUUUGCCUACAUCCAGAAUCGCUACUCCAAGGACCACAUGAAGAAGAUGAUGAAAGACCUGGAGGGCCUGCAGAGAGCUGAGCAGAGUCUGCAUGACCUGCAACAGAAGCUGCAGAUUGCCCAGGAGGAGCACCGCACAGUCGAGGUGGAGAAGGUGACCCUGGAGCAGAAGCUGAGGAAUGAAAUAAAUGCAGCCAAGCAGGAGGCCCAACGAUUGAGAGAGCUGCGUGAGGGCACAGAGAAUGAACUGAGUCGCCAGAAGUACGCAGAAGAAGAGCUAGAACAGGUACGCAUGGCACUGAAGAAAGCAGAGAAGGAGCUGGAGUCGCGGAGCAGCUGGUCGCCUCCGGACUCUCUCCAGAAGUGGCUGCAGCUCACUCAUGAGGUGGAGGUGCAGUAUUACAACAUCAAGAAGCAAAAUGCUGAACGGCAGCUCCAAGUGGCCAAAGAAGGGGCAGAGAAGAUAAAGAAAAAGAGGAACACCCUCUUUGGUACCUUCCACGUGGCUCACAGCUCCUCCCUGGACGACGUUGACCAUAAAAUAUUGGCAGCAAAACAAGCCCUCGGUGAGGUGACGGCCGCUCUGCGCGAGAGGCUGCACCGCUGGCAGCAGAUAGAGAUCCUCACAGGCUUCACCAUCGUCACCAACCCGGGCCUCUCCUCCCUGGCCAAGUCACUCAACCUCGACCCCAGCUUCAUGGGCGGCCGAGCGACUCCGCAGCAUUGCCUCAUGUCCGAAGACAUGGACGACUUGGACGAGGAUAUCGUGGCCGGAACUCUGCAAUACGGCAACCGACUGUUGGAACGGCGAGCCAGCGACCUGUGCUCCGUUGGUUCGGACUUUCAGCCCGUGUGGAAACAUCCUGCUCCCAGUAUGAUGUCUCUGCGCCAACGCCACAUUGACCCGCAGCUGGCUAUGGGCUCUCAGAGGUUGGUAGACAAUUGCCUGUUGGCGGGGCAGCAGGGGGAGGGGACCCCCCACCUCCCCAGGCCUAGGGCUGCCUUCAGACAGUCUCGCAGCCAGUCGUUUGGGCACCUCGAGGGCCUUCCUCUGCCUCCUCUUUCCUCCGCCAUCUCUCACCCGUCCAUCAUCUGCGCUUCCAACCCGAGCCCUCAUUCCUUGUCUUCCUUGUCCUCUUCCUCCUCCUGCGUGCCCAGCUCUGUGGGCGGCAGUGCAGGGCUUCAUUCCUCCCACAUAUUUCAUGCAUCUUUCCAGCCCAUGGACCCCAUUCCCGAUUUCACGUUUUCAGACGCCUCCCAAGUGCGCGGCAGCGACAGUUACGGGGACCUAAAUCGCUCCGACUCCGACUCCUCCCUGUCCCUGUCCCAAGUUGGCGACCGGCUCUCUGCCUACAGCUCCAAGGGCCACCUCAUCAAGCCCACCUCCCUCAUGCAAAGCCUGUCCUCUGACGUCAUCUCGCUGCACGCUCACACGCCCAACGGGGGGCACCGCUUUCACGAGGGCACCCCGGCGGAGAUGGCCUCCGACAGCCCCAUACUCAUGAAGGAUCUGUACGGCAUGGAGAAGUCGCCCAGCAUAGGGGAGAUCAACAGCCUGUCGGAGUCGUCCCGCUCCUUCAGCCCCAACUCCACCGAGCCCGACACGCCGUCGCCGACGGGGGCCGCGGGGGCCAAAGUGAGCAGCCGCAUCCCGCAGCUGUCCUCCAAGAAGAGUCCUCUGGAGGAAGACAGCGGAUCGACGGGAGAAGAGACAGAUUCCACUGCCAGCCGCAAGAAACACACCUUCAAGAUCUUCAAGAAACAGAGGAAAUGAGAGCUCCAUGAACUACAGGCCAUCGAAGACUGUACUCCUCUGUUUCCUUUUGUUUUAUUUUAUUUUAUUUUUUUUAAGUUUCGGGGUUCAUUAAUGGUCAAUUGAUGGCGCGGUUUGUUGUCGUUGCACCUACUCUGAGAGACUGUGGGAAUAACCAGCUGUUCUGCUCAUUCGGUCUAUGUCGAGUAUGUCGGGGAAAUGGGUAGGUUUGUAUAUCGGAAUGUAAAGUAUUAUUUAUUCUGCAGGAAGUUGUGCCAGUCUGAAAGGGAAAUAUGUCUCCCGCUUGGUUUUUUCUUUCUCGUUCUACGAUCUAUAACAGUUUUGCAUGUCUUCACUUUUGUUUGACUGAUACUCGAAUGCUCCUUAGUGUUUGCUCGGUUCUUGUCGUUGACCUGCUUAAACACUUGAUGUUUCUUUUUAUGACUACCUAACCACCUGGCUUACAGAUCCAAAAAAACGAAUGCGCACUCCUCCCACUCCCCCCCACUACCCCCACUUUAUUUUUAUUUUUUUCUUCGUUUUUCUGUCUUGUGUUGUCGUCCUGUUCGCAGAGCAUACGAAACAUUCAGGGGAUCCUCAAACAGACGUGAGCUCCUCUAUAGCUUUAAACCUGUAGCGGAGUAUGUCAAAAGCAGCUAGUGCUUGGAGACUUUUUAAUGGGGUUUAGUGCGUGGGAGGGGUGUGUUCUGUCUCUUUGCUGAAGCUCAGUUUAACUAACGAAUUAGCCUCAUAACCAGGAGCUAAGAAAGUGUUUGAAGAUUCUAAAAUAUCGAACCUGUAUGUAGGUCUAAUUUAAAUCGUUGGUAAAUACGUUACCAAAAAAUCCUAAAUACCAAAACGUAUCAGUGUGAAGGUACCACAGUGACUAAAAUAUAUAAGGUGCUAGCUUUGGACACCUGUAGAAAGGUAAACUGCUGUGUUUCUUGUUUUUAUUUUUUUUUUUUUUAUUAUUUAUUUAAGAAGAUUAGCUUCUUUAAAGUUAAAUCCGACCCCCCUUGUUCCUGUUGAGGCUGUUUUGGUGAACAGGGUUUGAGUUUAACUUUUGCCUCCUGCUAUCUCGUGUGAUGUUGUAUUAUAUUUUAUUUAGGUGGACAGUGACAGGGGUUGGGUGUUGGUAAGGGCUACAGUUACAAGACAAACAAACAAACAAACAAAAAAAAAAAAAGAAAAAGUGCUAUGUGUAAGAGAAACUUUCACGUUGUAACCACUUUGUUUUGUUCACGAGUCACGGAGGCGGGUCGUGUGAAAGUGCCAAAUUACAAUUUUCUGUCAGAGGCCUUUGUAUUUGUAGAGUGUUCAUCGAACCUUUGAACACCUUUUAGACAGAACCACGUGAUGUAUAACAGUGCUGUCUAUCCAGACGUUAAAUGCUGAAUGUUCAGGGGUAUUGUUUCUGUAACAGUAUCAUCAGUACAGUAUGUUUACAUUUGUUACAGAGUAUCCUCAGAUUACUCCAGCGAAGAACCUUGUGCCAGUUUAAAUGCCGAUCGCUUCAUUCGAGCACAGAACUAUGCAUCAGUAGUCGUAGUUGAACGUAGUAAGGACACCGGUACACUUUAGGGUGCUCCUGAUCAAUGAACAACCAAAUAA